CUCCAACACCAUUACUACAAAAUCCUGCUACAAAUCAAAUUCCAACUCAAACCUAUGUUCUAGUAGGUGAUUUAAUCCAAUUAGAUGAUACAUUCUUAUCACCUAUUCAAAAUAUAUCUUCAGACAAUGUUUCUUCAAAUCUACUCCAAAAUGAUAUAGAAUGGUUUGAUAAUAUGGAAGAAAGCUAUAAUGCAAGCAUUGAUGAAAAAUGGCCCAAAUUAGCUGGAACCUUGCUCUAUGACUAUCCAAAAAGAAAUAUUAUAACUGUAGAAGGCAAUUUUGGUAGUAAACCAAUAAGAAAAAAUUAUAAAUUAACAAACAAAGAGUUAAUAUUCGAAGAAUGCGAAUCUAAUUUUGAUUCUUUAAGACCCCAUCAGAACUUAACAACAAUGAGUUUAUGGCAAACAGUUAUUCCAUCUUCUAAAAACAUAAAAUAUAGAUUCAAUCAUUAUGUUGAAAACCCUAAUAAAUAUUUAGAAGCACCCUAUAUGCCUCAACUUAUAGCAAAUGCAAGAGAACAAAUUACAAAAGUUCUUAAAGCCGAAUUGCGUAAAAAAGAUCAAAUAAAAACUGCAUUAAUUGCUCAAUGUAUAUAUUUUGGUCAUGUUAGCAAAGAGAAGGGCAAACUUAAAAGUCCAUUAACUAUAAUUGCUUAUCACAGAAGCCUCAUGCAUGUUAUUCUUACAGAAGAAGAUAUUAAUGAAUAUAUAAAUUUAUCUAUAUCAGAAAUAGAUAAUGCUAUAGACUCAUUUAUGCAAGAAGGAUCAGGAAUGAAUUUGGUAAGAAUUGAAAUGUUAACUAUUGAAGCUUAUACUUAUCGAAGAACAACUGGUGGAUCAUAUUUCUCGACUCCAAAAAAGCUCGCCAAUACCAAAUAUACAAUCAAUUCUGAUAAUUCAAAAAUAAUUAAUCCAGAUACAGAAUGGAAAGAAGAAACAGCUACUCCCAAAGUGGUAAUAGCUAGCAAGAACUAUAAUAGACAACAUAUUAUUGACCUUAUAGCUCUUACAGAUAUUACUAAAUCUAAAGAUGAUAAGUAUGGACAAAGAAACCACUUUCUUUGGAUUAAAAAUUUAAAUAGGCUAGUUUUCAAAGAUACUACUUAUUAUGGUAAAAGAUAUAUUUGUAAAAAAUGUACUAUAAGCUGGCCAUCAAAAAAGUCUUUAGCCUAUCAUCAAAAGCACUGUUUUGGUUUAGCAGAAGCAACUCAAGAAAUCAAAUUAUCUAUCAAGGAUGUUAAUGACUUUGAGAAGUUUAAGAACUAUGGACAGAUGAUCAAUGCUCCAUGUGUUAUUAUAGCUGACUUUGAGGCUGAUAAUAAGAAAUGCAAUGAGAAAUAUGGAGGGCAAAUAGGAGAAAAUGCUACUCAGGAGUUUGUCAAAAGAAUUGAUAAAGAGUUGGUCGAAAUUAAUAAAGUUUUAGCUAUAAAACAUAAUCGAAUUGAGACUGACAAAGACAAAAAGAAAUUCAAUGAAGCAGAUAGUUGUUGGAUAUGCAAAGAAAAAUUCAUUAUAGAUGAAGAUAAAGUCAAAUGCUUAGAAAAUAAGGCAUCAUGGCUUAAUAAUAAGCUAAAAAAUAUCUCAAUAAAUUCAGAAGAUUAUAAGACCUUAACAAAACAAAUUGAUAAGAUAACUAAAGAUAUUAAUCAAGAAAAGUCUAUAGAUAUAAAGUUCCGAGAAGCUGCUCACAAUACAUGUAAUCUCAAACUUCAAAUCGAAGCAUGGAAAACUCCUAUUCUAGUUGUCUUUCAUAAUUUUUGGGACUAUGACUCUCACUUGGUUUGCGAAUCUGUUGGAAAAUUAGCUAAUACAAAUCAAAUCAAGGUUGUAGCUAAGACAUUUGAGCAAUACAAGUCUAUGAAAGUAGGCCAGCUUAAAUAUAUAGAUAGCAUGCAGUUUAUGAAUAGUAGCUUAGCUAGUCUUACAAAAAAUUUGAGUGAUAAUCAUCCAAUAACAUCUAAGCAUUUCAAAAAACUAGGCUAUACAAAAGAUCAAUUAGAUUUAGUAUAUCGAAAAGAAGUUUAUCCCUAUGAUUAUAUAGAUUCACAAGAUAGGUUUUUAGAGACUGAGCUUCUACCAAUUCAUGAAUUUAGUACAUAUCUUUAUAGUAAAAUUAGCCAAAAAGAUUAUGGGCAUGCCCAAAAAGUAUGGAAGGAAUUUAACUGCAAGACUUUAGGUGAAUACUAUGAUAUAUAUCUUAAAACCAAUGUGCUUAGUCUUGCUGAUGUCUGGACACAGUUGCGAAAAAUGUCUAUAGAAUAUGAUGGACUCGAUCCUAGCCAUUAUGUUUCACUUCUAGCAUAUUCUUGGGAUGCUAUGCUUAAGAUGACAGGAGUUAAAAUCGAGCUCUUUACAGAUAUGGCUAUGCAUGAUUUUAUAGAAAAGGCUAAGCAUGAAGCUAACAAUCCUAAGAUAGAUAAAGCAUUUAACCCAUCUAAACCAACAACAUGGAUUCUAUAUAUAGAUGCAACAAAUCUUUAUGGCUGGGCUAUGAGUCAUGAUUUACCUCCAGCUGUAAAAAACAUGGUUGUAAGUAAAAAUAUAUUGUGUCCCUAUACUACAGAGCUUGUAGAUAACUUAGAUAAGCUUCAAUACUAUGUAAAAUUAGGUAUGAUAGUAGAUGAAGUUACAGAGAUCUUAUCAUUCGAUCAGGACAAUUGGCUUGCCCUCUAUAUAGCUUUUAAUACAGAAAAACAUAAUAAGGCCAAAAAAGCUAGAAAUACAUUUCUAAGUGACUUUUUCAAACUCAAAAAUAAUGCUGUAUAUGAUAAAACUAUGGAGAAUGUUCGUAAGUAUCAAGAUGUUAAGCUCAUGGCUAUAAAUAAUAAGCAAGAUGAAAAAAAAUUUAUUAAUCAGAUUCGUAAACCCUCAUUUAAGUAUGCUAGACAACUUGGUCCUUCACUUAUAAGAAUACAUAUAGGAAAAGCUAGUAUAACUCUUAAUAAACCUAUUAUUGUUGGAGCAUCAGUCUUGGGUUUUAGCAAACUUCACAUGUACUGCUUUUGGUAUGGAUAUAUAAAAGAAAGAUAUGGUGAUAAUGCUCAGCUUGGAUAUAAGGAUACAGACUCAUAUUUAUUUCAAGUUGAGACUGAGGAUAUCUAUAAAGACAUGGAAGAGCGACCUGAUCUCUUUAACCUUAAUGAUGUUACAACUAUUGGCAAAUUUAAGGAUGAAACUCCAGAUAGUAUAAUUACAGAAUCUUAUCAUAUCCGGACUAAAUCAUAUUACUAUGUUUUAGCAGAUAAGUCUACAAAGUUUAAGCAUAAGGGGGUUAGUAAAAAAGGCAUAAAUGAAAUAGCCAUGAAUUUAUACAUGCCAGCUUUAGAAGGGUCCUUGCUAGAUGAUCCGAUAGAUAGAUCAUUAUUAUUAGAGCAAGAAGCUAUGCGAACUGAGGCAGAUCCUAUGACUCUAGUAUAUCGAGACUGUCUUUUUAGUAAUAAAGUAUUCAAUGCUAAGAAUGUAGGUAUCCGAUCAAAAGACUAUAUAUUAUCUUUAGUUGAAUCAGAAAAGAAGGCUCUUUGCUCUAUAGAUACUAAGCAUUGGAUAUUAUCUAAUAAAAUAACUAGUUUGCCAUAUUGGCAUUGGC